GUGGAUUACCAUAGGGACAUUAUCAGCAGACAGUUAUGUCCUCGAUGAAACUCCCUCUCACUGCUGUUAUUGCCGUUCAAACUGCGUGUAGUUGUUUGUGAAAGUUUCCUUACGAACUUUGGCUAGUGAAGGUGAAGCGUAGUGGUGUAGGUGAAGGUCAACAUGGAGCCAGAAACGUCACCUCGGAGGGAGCAAGAUGCUAGGGCUCAAGUCCCCGGUAAUUACCAGCUGGAGGAAGAUAGGUUGAAGGAGAUGAUUCGAGCGUGUUAUGAGGAGGGGAUACUCCCAACCAACAUCGAUUCAGGUGAAAUGGAGGUGGAUAGGAGGGAAGUCAAGUUUGUGUUGAACGGCACCAUGGAUGAGAUCAAGGUGAAAUGGUUAAAAGCUAGAACGGUUACUAUCAUUUUCGGGACAGACCUCGCUUCCUCCCGAAAAAAAGUCAAGGAGGAUUUGGUUCGUGCCUAUGAGGAUGUUUGGAUCCGCGAGGAGACGUUUGGACAAGAGUUUAGAAGGGGGAGAAUCAAGGUUGAAAGUCUGAACGUUGUGUCGUACAUCCCAAGAGCUCAAGAAAUCACUGACUGGAUGUUGGCAAAGCGAUCGGACUUUAUAGACCUUGGUAACGUUACCUAUUGUACGGAGUGUAAGUCGUGGAUGACAAGAGCGGAGGUACGAGAUUGGAGGCGGACUGUGGAUGAGAAUGUCUUUUGGGUGGUGGCGGUAGGUGUACCGUUGGAUGAGAUGGUGUUCAUCUAUGUACAUGUGGAAAAAGGAAUUGGCAAAAUUAUUAAGCACCAUCAGCCGGAAGCAGACGAGACCGACCCAAAGUUGGUUAAUCUCCGAUUCGAUCUCGAUCCAGCAGCAAAGGCGAAUAUGAAGGAUAAAAUUUGGGUGCAAACCCACCAAGGAGAUUUGUUGGACGUUCGAAUGGCUUUUGCAGAGACAGAUUGGUGUAGAAGAUGUCGAACAUUUUUCCACCUGGAGGACAUAUGCAAACGCAGUGAUCGGAGAAAUCGGGGCGAAUCAAUAUCAAGACCACAAUAGGCUUCUUCAUCUCAAGGCAUGGGAGGGCCCUCUCGUUUGCUGUAUCAGGGCCCUCUUAGGGUUCCAGGUCGUAAAAAACAGGAGCUCGCGUUAAUUAGGAAAAUCCAAUACGCCGAGAAUCGAAUGAAUGCCCAUCCCAUCU